CCAAUCAGUGCCAGUCAGUGCCGCCUAUCAGUGCUGCCUAUUAGUGCCAGUCAGUGCCGCCUAUCAGUGCCAUCAGUGCCUCCUCAUCAGUGCCCAUCAGUGCCACCUAUCAGUGUCCAUCAGUGCAGCCUAUCAGUGACCAUCACUACAGCCUAAUUAGCGUACAUCAGUGAAGGAGAAAAAUCACUUAUUUACAAAAUUUUCAGUGGUUUUUGGUUUGUUUAAGAAAAAAUAAAAAACCCAGAGGUGAUUAA